CUGUACCUCUUCUCAAGUUCCAGCUCUGGGCUCGGGGACAGAGACGUUCUCAAGAGUUGGGCCCCACCUCAGCAGUCAGCUCGCUUCUGAGUGGCUGGUUGGUUUGAGUGACUCCGAUUUGUAGUGUAGAAGUGCUUCCUGUUAUAUGAUGUCAGCAAAGGCUUAUGGAGGGCUUUGUAGCGCGCUGGAAUUCCAGGGACUAGUCGCUCGAGGCAGAGUGACCAGCGGAGGACGUCGUAACAUGGCCGCGAUUCGGUCUUUAAACCUGUCAAGCAGCUUGCCGAAAUUGGAGAAUUUGCCUCCGGGAUGUGCGACUUCGUCAGGUCUCAUAGUAGGGAGAAGCGAGGCUGUCGGAUUGUGGGGGAGAAUUGAAACUUUUAGUCAUACACGGUUGCAGCGAAAUCUAGGUUCCUUAAGUCGCAAUGAUUCCCUGUGGAGUGUACAUACUAAUUUGAAGUCAGUUGUCGAACGCGGAGGAUAUCACCGUGUUGAUUUCACACGGGCAGCGUCGUAUAUUCCUCGACAGACACAAAGUCAGGCCGCACGUUUGAGGGAGAUUCUGGCCAAGCCCGGUGUGCAACUAGCGCCUGCAUGUUUCGACGGUUUGAGUGCCAGGCUCGUGGAGCAGGCUGGAUUCGAGUAUGCUUUUAUGGGCGGCUUUGCAGUCUCAGCUGCCAGACUAGGGGCGCCAGAUAUGGGACUCCUGUCUUAUGGGGAGGUUCUCGAUCAGGGCCGCCUCAUCACCCAAGCUGUUUCCAUCCCAAUAAUUGGGGAUGGAGAUAACGGAUAUGGCGGUGUCCUCAACGUGAAGAGAACAGUCAAAGGAUUCAUUCAGGCUGGGUUCGCUGGAAUAAUCAUUGAGGAUCAGGAAUCACCAAAAUCUUGUGGUCACUUUGGUGGAAAGAAGGUUGUAUCAAGAGCAGACGCUUUGACGCGAAUUAAAGCAGCUGUAGAUGCAAGAACCGAAUUAGAUUCCGACAUAGUUAUUAUUGCACGUUCGGAUGCUCGCCAAGCUGAAUCAUUAGAUGAAGCCUUAUGGAGAGUGAAGGAGUUCGGGAAUUUGGGAGCAGAUGUGCUCUUUAUAGAUGCUCUGGCUACAGAAGAAGAAAUGGAAAGAUUCUGUCAGAUUGCUCCAGGAAAGUGGAAAAUGGCUAACAUGCUGGAAGGUGGAGGUCGUACACCAAUACUUGACAAAAAACAACUCGACGCCCUAGGCUUCAAGCUGGCUGCGUAUCCUCUUUCUUUGAUCGGGGUCGCCAUGCAGGCUAUGGAGGAGGCGUUGAGAGGGCUGAAAGAUGGCCAGAUACCUUCAAACGAGAAGCUGCCGUGCUUUGACGAUUUGAAAUACAUGCUAGGCGUUGAAAAAUGUUACAAAGAAGAGAGACAAUAUGGCAAGUCAGACCAAAGAUAGCCACUGCUCAGUCUGGUCACUUCCUUAUCCUCGGAAAUAAUUGUUGAGAUAGAUUACAGGAAAUUAUAUUCAGUUUUGUCAAUCUGGAAUAUGCCGGUAGUCAUGGUAGCAUGCAGUUUGCGAUGAUGACUUUGUACACGUUGUGAACGUACGUCAGCAGUUUGGCAUGCGAUUCUGUUAGUUUGAAGCAGCCACAUCUUCUAAACUCUGCACCUUGAGUAUGGCCGAGCUUGGGCGUUCUAUUAUUGACAAGUGCGUAUGGUGAUAUAAAUAGCUGCGGACUCACAGGAAACCGAGGUUGUAGCGGAGUUACAGGAAACCGAGGUUGUAGACAUAGAAACAAAUUCGGUGAAAACAGGCGGGGACCAAGAGGACUUCCGAGGGUAUGGUGUUGAGACUUUACAGUUCAUCUCAUCUCGUUAUUUGCGAGUGAAAAUCACAGGCCGUGAUGGUGGCGUAAAGCUUGAUAUGGAGAUUCCAGCUUGGUUCUUAGAGCCUUUGGCUAGCAACAUUCCUGUUUUCGCAGGCGUGAACAUUCGACAGCUGUUGGAAGACUCUCUGUCUACCCUCUCGGCAGGUUUAGGAGGGGGAAGAACUUUGGUGGACUUUACCAGUCGUAAUGGGGACCGUGUACAGAUCAUACUGGUACAAAGCUCCGUAUAAUACAUUGGCCAUCGACCGCGGAGUAGCUCAAAAUCCACAGACGGUACUACACCUUCUCAUUAUUCCUAGGUGUUCCUGAAUAGGACUGUUACUCGUACAGCACCCAACAUGUGCUUGAGAAUCGCACAAUGUAGUAUCAGUUCUUGAACGCUGUCAAAGAUGUACAGAUGGCAACUUUUCGAAAUUUGUAUCAGAAGGCGCCUUUCAACACUCGGACAACCUCAUUCCUCCCUAAUGGGCUAGUGGCAUUUACCCUCUCGUGCCUCCUUGAAACUCUUCAAGGCUCGCCAACUCCCGAUGGUCGGUGCGUUGAAACUUUGGAGAAAGACCUUUUGUUCUUGCAGGAGCGGCCUAUCAUAACCCUAACUCUGGUCAAUCAAACCCUGAUGCCCAUUUCAGAAAUGCCUGUAUAAUAAACAUAUUACACCCUCAACAUAGGUUUCACCAAUAUUCCACCAGUUAUGGAAAGUCUACCUCGGCCGGUACAUCACCAUCUAGCGAUUCUCUGUGAACGCAACGCAUAUAACCUGCUCAUGAAGUGACGGGCCUGAGGCAACAAGCCCUCACAACAGAAAGGGAGACAACUGUUCGUGGGAGCUGGCAACCAGUACGAAGUGCAGUCCGAAGUACAAGGAGUUAUGGACUCUCCAGGCGGAAGAUCCGUUUUCGCUGCCGACACACGUUUGUUUGCCGUGGCAGUCCCGGCUGUCUGGCAGAUCGUGACAUGGCAUUCGUUAAGGUCGGUUCCAUUGUUGAUGAACUGUGUUUGCGGAGGUUCGCUGUUGGAACGUACAGCGGAGUGAGGGAUGUCUCCGUCGAUGACAGAAUGACAACUGCAAAACAACUCGCCCUUUGUUCCCCGCGCCACUUUGGCACACUUGUGACUAUGGGGUUCGCCUUAGUGGAAGAUGAUUGCGCUCUAUUGCCCGCAUUUCCGAUGAGUCUCUUCCUCCCGUGUUAGAAUGAGUAGCUGGGAGAAAAGGGAGCACCGGAAUUGCUGGGCCCCAACAAUAAGUUUCACCGACAUGAGGAAAUGUCACGAUUCAAUACUUUCAAAGCUACGCAUGGACGAAUCAAUAAUCCGUGGGAACAGCUAGUUGUGCCACGAUACUUGCGGUCAUUGACAUAAACCUGUAAUAUUCAAUUCAGUUGUAAAUGACCAAGA